GUGUGUGGUACAAGCUCCGACACCUGGAAAUGGAUCUUGAGGUGUGGGUUGGCAGUUCCCAUUUUACGCCGUGGUGCACAGUCGACAAAUAUGAGGAAGAGCUUCGCGAUCAUUUUGACACUCUGCCCCGAAAUGCAGGGAAAGUUGUGUAUCUUGGGGAUGUGAACACAGGGUUUGCAUGGGUGCGAGAUGGGCCAGGGAUCACACCCUCCCCCAAAGAAGGCAAGGGAGGGCUACUUCACCAGACGUUUGUUGAAAAAGGCUUGCACAUGGGGGUGCCGGAAGAUGACCAACUCGAUACACCUACCAGUCGACCCAGGCAAGAAAGCAGACAUGGACAGUGCAUUGAUGUCAUGAGCUUCAAAGGGCUCCACUUGGGGAGCUGGAGAAUACACGCUGACUCCUUUAUGCGGUUGGGGACCGAUCAUGAGCUUUGUCAUGCAAACUUUCGACUUGGCAACAAACGAAUACACCGCAGACAUGAGACGGGGCCUCGUCAGUGGAUGGGUGGAGUGCAGCAGAUUACCUAUCUUGACCAGGAAAUUGUUGAGCACCUUGCAGACACAUGUACAAAACCGGUGCCUGGGCGAGGGUACAGAGACAGCAAGGAGGUUAAGCAAGCUUUCAAGGAGGCGAAAAGACAGGGGACGGCUGCGCUUUGGAAGAGGGCUCUGAAGCUCAGAAAGGAAGCCAGGAGGAAUUGGGAGCAAGCGAGGUUGGUCAGGGCGAGUGAAGGGGAUUGGGGGUCGUUCAGAGCGCUCAAGCCGUGCAGGGAGCAGGGAUGGGACAUUGGGUUUGCUGAAGCUCAGUCAGGGGAUCCUCAUAUGGCGGUCCACAACCACUUGAAGCAGGUCUACCAGGGUGAGGAGGUCCAGCCAGCCCACAGUCCGUGGAGAGGGGAUGUCCAUGCUUUCACCGUUGAGGAGUUGAGAGUCUUCCCCUCCGGGGCUACAACCCCGAUUGGGCGGAGGGAGGAGAAAGUCCGUUCCACUCCCAAAGAGAUCCCGCGAGUAAGCCUCGAGAACCUGUGCUUUGGCCAUCUUCUUGAAUGGUAUAAUAGGAUCCUUGUCUCUCAGAGCAUCCCUCAACAAUGGAACAAGCCCAUCCUCAUCAUGUUACCCAAGAUUCGAGCUCCGAAGAAGGCGAAAGAGCUCAGACCCAUUGCUAUGGGUUCAUCGGUGAGCAAGCUCUUCAGCCGGUUGCUUCUCAAUCGUGCUAUCAAGAAGAUCUCUCCCUUCACAGGGGCACAGUGCUCAGGUCCGGGCAGGCAGACAGGAUUCAAGCUUGACUUGGAGAAGGCCUUUGACACGCUGGACAGAACAGCCCUACUGUCGAGGCUUGAGUCUACCUUGGGUGAGGGGGCUGAGGUGAAUUGCUGGCGAGAGCUGCUCAGGGGGACCGUGGGACAGUUGCAAACGCCGUGGGGGUUUACAGAGGUUCCUAUGAACCGAGGGAUCAAGCAAGGGGCUGUCGAAUCACCUACGAUGUUCGCAUGGAUUGCUGAGCUAGCGCUGGCGGGGAGCAUCCAUAAGUACAACUGGCGAUCAGGGCCUCGUGUGUUUGAUGACCUGUCCUCAGAGGAGAUGCUGUACAUGGAUGAUGGCAUACUAUGGAACUCCCACCUGGCCUUCCAGUUCUCCAAACCAGGGUGGAGCAGUUAUCGGUCGAACUUUCUAGUUAUGGUCUGGCCGAGAAAUAUUGUGAUCAACGGGACCAAAAUCGAGGCUGGGGAGAGCCUGGAGGUCAUGGGAUUGACACUUCGGGUAGGUAUCUCGAUGUGUGAACUCAUUUCUCCGUUGGUGAGCCGAGCCAGAUCGAAGUUCUGGGAGUUGAAACACAUCUUCAGGGCCAAGGGUGGGAGCAUGAAGCAGAGGGCGAGGGUUAUGCAGCGAGUGGUUGGAGGGACAGCGCUAUGGUGCAUCAGCUGUGUGCCGCCUGAUGCUGCAGCAAUGACAAUGUUAAAUUCGGCACAACUCCAGCUGAUGGUGUGGUUGCUCAGAUUCGCGAAGAAACCUGAUGAAGGCUGGGAACAGUUCCGGCAGAGGGCUUUUCGUGGUGCUCGAGCCGCAUUGCACUCGGCAGGGGUUGAACGGUGGAGCACCAUGUGGUUGAAACGAUACUGGGCUUUUGCUGGCCACAGGGUUCGAACCACACUACACGAAGUCCCGCCCAUCAGCUCCGAGUUCGAGAACUUCAGAACCUUGCCUUGGUGGACCCAUCAGAAGACCCUCAAACAUGGAGUUAAGCAUCAAGGGAGACAUUAUGCUAGGCUGACGAUCCUCGAACAGAGGAUGGAUGCAGUGGCAGGCUAUCCUUGGAGGGCCCUUGCUUACAACCGAAGGGAGUGGAAGGGGAGGGAAGCAGCAUGGGUGGGUGAAAUGGAUGUGCCGUGGACUUCGGGUCGGGACUCACAGGAUGACCUCCUCCUCAAGAGGGAUGUGCAUGACCAACGACACUUGGGUGCUGACUCCCGAACGGGAGACACCAUCGAUUACAUGACCCUCGACUACGAGAAGGAGCCUGGGCCAGAAAGUGUUGUGGUCGUUGAGGGGGGAGACAGAGAGGCGGCCUUUGCACUCCGAGAAAUUCUCAGGCAAAGCAGGAACUCGGAACUCUCUCGGGUCUGUCGAGCUCAUCUGCCGGAUAUUCUUCUUGUGCCCACUGGGGAUGAAACUCGACAGGUGGAGGUGGAGAUGAAAGGGGAUCAAGGAUGGAUCAGUGACGCAGCCGUCACGACUCCCUCGGAGGAAUGGGCGAACUAUGUCUUCCGGCAACUGGCGAGGUUGGCCGGGCUUGGAGAAACAUGGGCAGAGGACAUGCUCGCAAAGGCCCGACAACGGAGGGAUGGCACAAGUGGACCCUCGAGCUCGCGGGGAAGUCACUGCCUCACUCAUGUGGCUCAUCUGUGGGAUGAUGGCACAUGGAGUACCAGGGAAGACCUCAUAGCCAUGCAGAGAUUUGAUCUUCUACCUCCUGGCGACAGGGUUGAAGAGGAAGACGAAGGGAAAGAGAAGGAGGAAGGGGCAGAGGAGGUUGAUGAUGUGGCCUCCUUCUUCCAGGUUGGCUCGGAUGGGGAUACCAGUUGGCGAGGUCUUCGAGAGCAACUUGGACAAUGGUUUCAAGAGGGCCGGGCGGUUGAUCUGGCACUCGGUAUGCUUCGCCAGAAAGUCAGGAACCGAAGGAUGUUUGGGUAUCUUCGCUGGGCAGAGCAUCACAUCCGUGAUCUGGAAUUGGGGAUUGCUCUUGCGACGGUGCCCUCGAGGGAGCAUACCCCUCCGGACUUCUUCAGUAAAGAAAUGGACGAAGAAGGAUACGUGACUCGAGAUCCCCCCGGAGGCUUGAGCCAAGGCAGCCUGCGAGUGGAUCGGGGGCUUCUGAGAGAACAGCUGGCCCGCGGGAAAGGGCAGGCACUUCUCGCUCUCGGAACGAAGGUCCAUGCGAUGCUCAAGGGAAGAGGGAACGGAGAGAGCCUCUGGCAGUACAGACGCCCCUACAUGGGGACGACUCCGGAGGAACGCAUCCCGAAUGGUUGGCUGCCCACUGCUACGAUGCAGGACAUCAAUCGACACCUGGCAGCUCUUUCUGAACACAACUUGCAGAUUGUCACGGUCGGGCUGCUUAGCGUGCUGAGAUACCUCAUGGCCGAACUCUCACAGUGCCUCGAUUUUGCACAGGUUGUGCAUAAUACGGAGAGGCAGGGGACUGGCGCAGAAAAGCAUGGAGACGAUGAUGAAGGUGAUGAUACCCUGCUUAUGCAGGACUUCUUCAGGCCAAGGCUACACGAGCUUCCAGCAUCUCGCCCUCCUGUGGCUGUGGAUGCGGACAGCCAAGAGGUGCAGGGGAUGGCAGAACCACAGGAAGAUUGGCUUCAGAGCUGGGUGGGGGAGUUGUCUUCGUUCAUACCUGGACUGCGGCUGAGACAACCAGCGGAGGUUCUUGACACACAGGUGCAGGAGCCGGAGGACGACAUUGACGGGCUUCUCAAAGAUGAGGAUGAGGAGAGACGAUGGGACAGGGAGGAGGCCAGGCAGAUUGAAGAACACGAAAGGGACCAGAGGGCACAGGAGGUGCUCUUGGAGCAGGAGCUUCAGUACUUAUCCGAAGAGGCCAAGGCUUACCAGCGAUGGGAGAGGGAGGUGUCGUCUGCUGCCCUCCGGCGACACAUUGCGGAUGGGGCAGAGCAGAUGCCGAAGAGGAGAUGUGUUCUCAGCUUGGAAGUUGCAUCCGGGAGCCAGGACCGUCCCCGAGUGGUCCAGACCUUGGGGUUUGAAGUUCCUGCCAAUGGCUCCGAGCUCAGGAUGACACUGAGGGCAAGUAUGGAGGCGACUCCCUCUGAGGUGCCUACAGUCGUGAUCCCACCCGAGACAGCAGGCAUUGGGGAUGUGAUGCAGGUUGCAGAGGAAACCAUACGGCCAGUGGGGUCGCAAGCAGCUCAGGCUGAAGAGAGCAUGGAGGCCACCCGGGCGACCCAAGUUGACAUGCUGGGGUUGCUGGAGUUCAAUGAGUACUCUCUGCUCUAUGCUCAGUGGAAGAAAGGGGUCUUCACCCAGCUUGAGAUCCAGGAGCAGUUCGGGAGGGAGGUCAUGGAGCUCAUGCUGGCUCAGGAAGCAGUGAGCGAAGCUGUGGAUGGAGAGAACUCUGAGAUAGGGUCUCAGGACGAAGGGCCGACACAGCUUUUGCCACCGCCUCGCAAGCCCGUUAUGUUCCGGAGGGAGGAUGGCACAUGGGUCAGACCUCGUCUUCACGAUAUGGAGGCUAUCUUCAAUAGAUGGAUGGAUGGGCUCAUGACGGCUGCCAAUGUUCUCGAAGAAUAUGGGCCCGUCUGGCUUGCAGUAAUGCAGCAGUGGAGGGUUUGGGGCUUCCAAGCUGUCAGACACCUCAUGCCGCGCAUUGUGGAUGUAACAACUGCUACGGGAUUCCAUGUCACACAGGAUGUCACCCAACCGCCUGAGGACCUGCAGCUGCCAUUGAAGGUUCCUUUCUCGGCUGUUCGCAUGCGGUACUGGGAGUGGAUGUCAGCUAUCUAUUCUCACACGGAUGGGCUGACAUGGACCACAGAAGCACUUCGAGCCAGACAUGGGGAUCUAUGGGUGCGACUCCUUCUUCGUAUUCGUGAUGAAGGGUUGGAUGCUGUUCGACUCGGUCUUUCGCCCCUGGUGCUUUGGGAUGUAUCAGACCUGGGAGAUAACCCUUUCCGAAAGAGAAGUCCGUGA